AUGCACUAUUCAAGCUUUCGCAAACAUUUGGAUGAAGUUGUUAUGUGGGGUUAUCAUAUUGCUAUGGUUGUACAUAUGUGCUCUCAAAAAUUCGCCACUCUUUUAGGUGACUGUUUGAUUAUUAUCGUGAUUCAACUGUUCAACUUUGAGCAUUGUUAUUCUUACUUAAAAACGAGUCAAACAGCAUACACAGACAGAAUAAUUAUUAGUCAUAGUCGUAUUAUUGGUGAAAAGGAGGAGUGGUUAAAUACAAAACAACGUGUUAAAGAGUUGAUAACUACUUUAGAAUAUCUCUCUUUGCUUGAAUCACCAGUUGAAAGUAGAAGAGAAGCAGGUGAGGAAUCUAUUCAAGUUUUUCUUCAUCCAAAUAUUGAAGGUUUACCUGUACCCAUACGGAAUCAAUGCGUUCAUGUAGUAAAAACACUAUGUCUUGAGCUUUGUCUGCUCGAACAAUAUGGGAAACGGCAUCCUCUAUAUGACUCUUGCCGUAAAACAUUUGGAUCCUUAAUAGAAUCAAUUGGUUAUAGAAGUAAAGCAAGAUAUUCAAUUUAUGGAACGCCGUGUGAUGUAUCCUCUGGCUUAAGCACAAUAGUUAGUAGUUUGUCAGCUAAGGUGUGUGAAGGUUUAGAUUAUUUUAUUAAUGAGUCAUCUGCGGACGCAGAACUGCCUACUUGCUCUACAUUAAGUUUCGAGAGUGAUCUUCGCGAAUUUAAUCUAUUCUCACUUCAUCUGCGCAAGGCCAUUGAGUAUCAUGUCAAAUGGAAGGAAGUUUUUUUCGAUCAGCCUUGUCAUUGUUUUUACAGCUAUUAUUUGGUCCUUACAAAUUUGAGUGAGAAAAUGGAUGAUUGCCUCUUCAAGUUAUACGCAAGUAUUGGAUAUGGAGAAUUCAAGUGGAAAUAUAAUCCUAGGUGGUCUUAUUAUUACUCAAUUGUUAAAGAGAUCCAUAACAUUUCUAAACUAUGUAAAGAUGAAGAAAACCCUUCAAUCAAUAAUAUAUUUCAGAACGGUUAUGCAGUGGCUAUGCUUAUCAUGUUUUCAGAUAUAAGUGAUGAGAACGGCCAAUGGCUUCUCCAGUAUAAGAAUUCGACGGACUUUGAUUUUAGAGAAAGUUUUGUCAGGAAUAUGUUCCAGAGGGUUGAAUAUACCAAUGGAACACGGCAGAGAAUCCUUAUUGACCGUUCACAAUUAUUGACAACAUCGUUUGAUGAAUUUGCUCGUGUAAACUCAAAGUUGUACUGUAGUGGCAUUAACGUGGAAUUUAAAGAGGAGAUGGGUACAGGUCCUGGUGUCUUCCGUGAAUGGAUUUUCCUUGUAUGCCAGGCACUAUUUGAUCCAAAGAAUUCCCUUUUCCUAGCAUGCCCAAGCGACCCUCGAAGGUUUUUUCCCAACCCCGUAACUAUGGAUAUGCGGCAGCUCGACUAUUUUACCUUUUGUGGCCGAAUGGUUGCUUUAGCUUUGACAUAUAAAGUUCAAGUUGGCAUUACGUUUGAUCGUGUGUUUUUCAAACAACUAUCUGGAGAGGUGAUUUCACUGGAAGAUGUCUGCCAGGCAGAUCCGUUUCUGUAUAGCAGCUGCAGAAAGAUUUUGGAAAUGGAUGCUGAUUUUGUUGAUUCAGAUGCGAUGUCUCUUACAUUUGUCAAGGAAAUUGAAGAGUUCGGAACCAAGAAAAUUGUGGAGCUGUGCCAUAAUGGUAAUUCCAUUGCUGUAAAUAGCAAUAAUAGAGAAGAAUAUAUAAAACUUCUUCUUCACCAUUCGUAUGUCAAGCCCAUCUCCGAAAAAGUAGCCUAUUUUGCCCGAGGUUUUGGUGAGAUUCUCUGUGAACAGAAUCUCCAGAGCAUCUUUUUCCGAUAUCUGGAGCUUAAAGAUCUUGACCUUAUGUUAUGUGGAAGUGAUCAAGCAUUAAGUGUUAGAGAAUGGAAGGCGCACACUGACUACAGUGGCUACCAAGAGUCGGAUGAACAUAUCUGUUGGUUUUGGAAGGUUGUUUCAGGCAUGUCUGUAGAGAGCAAAGGCAACUUCUCUUCUUUUGGACGUCAGAGAAGUACCUCCCCACAAAAGGGUUUUCUUCUUUAUCGUCUCGCUUGUGCAUCAACAAGACAUCAGCUUCUCGCCAUCACCUGCCUUCAUCCCAUACAUGCUUCUAUCAGUUAG